CUGUGUGAUUUACUCUAUAAUUAAUUAGGACCCAUUUGUGACUGACGAGCCUCUCCGCCCUGAAUUACUCCCAAGGCAAAAAUACCUCGAUCUAUCGACUCCAUCGACCUUACUGAUCGGAGUGUGUGAUCGGCGACUGGUGGCUGCGAUUUUUCAUGUUUCAGCGAAAAAAUACGAGUCAAAGAUAUUAGAAUCCAGAAAUGCAAUUCUUUGGAAGUUCUGAGAUCAGUCCAUCGCCGCCGGUGCCGACGGCAUCGGGCAACAAUGCGCACAUGAUGUAUGUAUUCAACAGGAACGGCGUUUGUUUGCUUUACAGGGAGUGGAAUCGCCCUCUUCGUACCCUCGAUUCCAAUCAGGAUCAUAAACUCAUGUUUGGUCUCCUUUUCUCUCUUAAAUCCCUAACCGCCAAAAUGGAUCCAUCCAGCAGCGUUGAGAAAGGGAAUCUUGGGGUACCUCAGCUACCGGGGCAAGGUUGUUCGUUUCACAGCUUUCGUACCAAUACAUACAAAUUGAGUUUCAUGGAGAGUCCAUCUGGUAUAAAGAUCAUCCUUGUAACACAUCCCAAGGCUAGUGAUCUCAGAGAGUCUCUGAAAUACAUCUACAAUUUGUAUGUUGAAUAUGUUGUGAAGAAUCCACUAUACACUCCUGGAACUCCAAUAAAAAGCGAGUUAUUCAACACGACUCUUGAUCAAUAUGUGCGAGGCCUUGGCUAAUAGUAGAAAACAUACAUACAUCAACUGAGGAGCUGUUAUCAGAAACAUCCAUACAUACAAGGUUGAUGUUGAAAAUUAUUGUGGGUUAUAAACAUUUAAAAUGUAAUCAUAAGAGAUGGUUAGAAGUGUUUUGAUUGAGUUUGUAUUAGAUAUUGCAUGGGUGAAUAUAAUUAAUGUCCUUUGUUA